CACCUUUGAAACCAAGACCUCCAUUAUUAUUUCUCUAUAUUAUAUAUAUAUAUAUAUAUAUCCAUCUCGUCUUUCCCUCUUCGUCUCGCCUCUCGUUGUUCCCAGAUCUUGAUCCCAGUUCCAACUAGGGAGACAUCCAGAGGAGAAGAUGACUCGCGGUAACCAGAGAGACCGAGAUCGCGAGAGGGCGCAAGCUCGGAAGCCGCAGGCCAAGGGAAAAGACGAUGGCCUCACCCCCGAGCAACGACGCGAGAGGGAUGCGAAGGCGCUGCAGGAGAAGGCGGCAAAGAAGGCUGGACAGGCGUCGGCGGCUGGGGGUGACACCAAGAACAAAGGCACUGCGAAGAAGUAGAGGAUCAUAUGCAGAUGAGCGUUCUUUAUUUCAUUAUUAACUCUAUUGAUCUGUUCUUGCGGUUUCUCUUUCUGUGUUUUAUAAAUUAUGGUGUUCUGUUUGGAUCUUUUGAGUUGGUGGUGGUGAUUGGGAUUUCAGGACUAAUAAAAAUGUUAUCUUUGGCCUUAAAAUUUCA